UUACUUUGAAGGGCAAACCGCAAACUUGAAUCACGUGGUCUUUUGUCAACUCUGGACCGUGAAACCAAACAGCUUUCUGCAUAUAUGUCAACUUUAGCUAAAACGAUGAGCAAGUUCCGUCUGGCGGUGGUCCAGCUCCAGGUGACAGGUGUCAAAGCGGACAACCUGAGCAGAGCCCGUCGGCUGGUGAAGGAGGCGGCGGGUCAGGGCAGCAAGGUGGUGCUGCUGCCGGUGAGGCUGGGGUCUGAGGUGGAAUGCUUCAACUCUCCGUAUGGAACGAGCUUCUUCUCUUCUUAUGCUGAGAGGAUCCCAGGAGAGUCCACACAGGUGCUGUCAGAGACAGCCAGGGAGAACAAGGUGUACCUGGUGGGAGGAUCCAUCCCUGAAGAGGAGGGAGGGAAGUUGUAUAACAGCUGUACAGUGUUUGGUCCUGAUGGAGAGAUGAUUCUUAAACACAGGAAGAUUCAUCUCUUUGACAUCGAUGUUCCUGGGAAAAUUCGCUUCCAGGAGUCUGAGACGCUGAGUCCAGGCAGCAGUUUGUCAAUGUUCGAAACUCCGUUCUGUAAGGUAGGCGUGGGGAUUUGUUACGACAUGAGGUUUGCAGAGCUCGCACAGCUCUACGGCAGGAAAGGCUGUCAGCUGCUGGUUUACCCCGGAGCCUUCAACAUGACCACUGGUCCGGCUCACUGGGAGCUGCUGCAGAGAGGAAGAGCUCUUGAUAAUCAGGUGUACGUCGCCACAGCGUCCCCCGCCAGAGAUGAAAGUGCUUCUUAUGUGGCCUGGGGUCACAGUACUGUCGUAAAUCCGUGGGGGGAAGUUAUCUCAAAGGCAGGAGCAGAGGAGGCUGUCAUUUAUGCUGACAUCGAUCUGCAGUAUUUGGCCGACAUCCGGCAACAGAUCCCGGUCACGGCUCAGCGUCGAGACGACAUCUACACGGUGACGUCUACGCAGGAAGGAUCGAGCUGAAUGCUCAAACCUCGAGAUAAAGUGUGACGCACAUAAAGAACGCAGCUGAUCUCUGCGUCUUCCUCUCCCUGUGAAGCUCGAGGCUGAUACGUCUUAAUCGUGGAAACAGGAGAUGCAGUUUGGAUGAUCACACAAACACCUCAGCGCUGCUCGAUUCUUAUCGAUGGUGAUUUGUUUUGUAAAAUGUCUGGUGCUGAAAUAACUACUUGAUUGAAAUUAUGAAACAGUUUUGGUAAGAAAUGAAUCGUUAGCAUCAAAUGAGUGAAAAUAAACAUUUUCCGGCUCGA